AUGCCUAAGAAGAAGCAGCAGCGAGGGGGUUUAGGGCGUCGCCGCUGCAGCUGCGGCUGCUUCCAGGAUGCUUCUGCUGCAGCAGCAGGAGCAUCAGGAGGAGCAGGAGGAGGAUCAGCAGCAGGAGAACAAGAGGGUUCAUGCUCUGUGUGUGGAUGUGGAGGGCCCUCAGGGGGGCCCCCUAGGGGCCCUCGAGGGGCCCCCCAUAUGCCUUGUUAUGCUCCUUCUUUAGACAAAGAGUUAAGAGCAGCAGGGCUUCGAGUGCAGCAAAUAGUAGCAGACGGCAAUUGUUUAUUUCGUGCUGCAGCAGAUCAGCUGUAUGGAGACCAGGAGCGCCACAGUUUAGUGCGUGCUGCUGCUGUAGAAUAUAUGACGGCCCAUGUUGAACAAUUUGCUGUCUUCUUUGAUUCUGAAGAACAAACUUUUGCUUCUUAUUUACGCCGUAUGAAAAGAGAUGGGUGCUGGGGGGGGCAAUUAGAGCUCCAGGCUGUCUCCUUAGCCUUCAAAGUAAACCUACUCAUAUACGUAGCGCCCCAAGACGAAUACUACAGCAGCAGCAGCAGCAGCAGCGGAAGCAAGGGGGGCCCCCGUGGGGGCCAUUCAUCUUCUUCUUCGCGAAAGGCGAAGCAAAAGAGGGGAGGGGGGGCCCCUCUGUCUCCUCCGGACUCACCAACAUCAUCAUCAUCAGCAGCAGCAGCAGCAGCAGCAAGUGGGGGGCCCCCCAGUUGGGAUAUAUGGAAGAUGCAGAAUUUUCCUUCUUCUGCUGUUUGUCUGCAGCUAGUCUUCGAUCCUUCAAAAGAGCAUUACAGCUCCUUAAGACUUAAAAAUGCGCAGCAGGGGGCCCCUACCUCCGUUACGCUAGCUCAGCUGGAGGCCCUCAGUGGGGGGGGGGCCCCCAACCUGAAGCCUCAGCCAGUAGAUGAAGAGGAGGCCUCAGAAGAGCAAUCAACACUUAGUACAAAUAAAACUAAUGCGGCAAACAACAGCCCCAGCAGCAGCAGCAGCAGCAGCAGCAGCAGCAGCAACAGAUUGGUAGGAAUCCGUGAAGAGGAGAUGGAGGGGGCCCUUAGGGUUCUGGCUGCUGCAGAUGAAGGGAGGCCCCUCUGCUCUUCCUGCUGUUCCUAUCGUCGCUCUGCGUUCAGGCGGGGGGCCCUUGUGGGGCAGCUGAACGUCUGGGGGCCCCCAGGGGGCCCCCCUAACUCACGCAGCGAUGCUGCUGCAGGUGCUGCAGCAGCUCCAGCUGCCACAGCAGCAGCUGCUGCUGCUGCUGCUGAUGCAGCAACAAAGUCGGCACUCGUAGGGAGCCCCUCAGCCCACCGCAGAUGGGCAAGCAGCGGCCCUGCUGCUGAGGGGCCUCGCAAUAGCCAGCCAGUGGCAGCCCCUACAAACUGCAGCAGCAGCAGCAGCAGUAGCAGCAGCAGCAGCAGCAGCGAUACAUGCAGCAGCAAAGCCAAGCGCGGGCCUGCCAGCCGCUCGGUGUUUGUGGCGGCUCUGCAGCCGCUGCGCUGCAGCAGCAGCACUGCGGAUGCGUGCUGCGAUGGGACCCUUGUCAGCAGCAGCAGCAGCAGCAGCGAUACAUGCAGCAGCGGCGGCAGCAGCAGCAGCAACAACAACAACAGUAGCAGAAGCAGCAGUAGCUCCGUUGUAGGGGGCUUCUUCUCUACUGCUUCCAUCGGUCUUCGCUUCCACAGCAGCAAGAACACACAGCCAGCAGCAGCUGUUGGUGCAGCAGAUGCAGCAGCAGCAGCUGCUGCAGGAGAAGCAGCAGCAGAAGGAGCAGCAGGUGCCUCCCCCACCGCAACGGAAAGAAGCUGCGAGCCACACCAAAGAGGAGACACUGCAGCAGAGCCUGUUGAGGAGCAAGCAGCAGCAGCAGCAUCAGAGGCAGAAGCAGCUGCAGCAACAGCAAAAACAGCAACAGCAAGGACAGCAGCAGGAGUUUUAGUUGCAGCACAAGAGUUGCUGCUGCCGUGCGGUAUUUGGGCAGGCCCCGCAAUGCUGCGGAUAGAGCGGCCUCCGCUGCUUCCUCACAGCAGCAGCAGUAGCAGCAGCAGUGGCAGCAGCAGCAGAAGCAACAGCGGCAGCAGCAGGAGGGCUGCAUCUCUUCCACCGCGGCGGAUUGUUUUGCUGCCGUGUGCCCGCGUGUGGGUGGCAGGGGAGGCAGCAGCAGCAGCAGCAGCAGCAGCAGCAGCAAAGGGAUCAACAGCAGCAGGAACAGCAGCAACAGGAAGGUGGCAGGUGUAUCGACUUCAGGCAUCGGCCGGCAAUAGCAGGCUGACUGUCGUUGAAGCGCAUGCAGGGGAGCUCGGUGCUGCUGCUGCUGGUGCUUCUGCUGCUGCUAGUGAGAGCGGCGAGGAGGAAGCUGCUGCUGCUGCACCAGGAGCCGUACCGGACGAGCAGCAGAAGCAGCAGCAGCGGCAGCAGCAGCAGCAACAGCAGCUGUUGCUGCUGCAACAACUGGAGAAGAAGACGAAGCUGAGUAAGAAAGAGCGAGCGGAGUUGAAGAGGGUAAAGAAACUGCAGAGAGAGUUAUCUCGAGCUGAACGGCGAAGAGCAGCAACCAUGAACGCUUCCACAGCGCAUGGGGGCCCCCCUGGGGGCCCCUCUGGAUUAGAGGAGGGGGGCCCCCCAGAUGUUGAGAGGGGCCUUGAAAGCCUCGCAGAGCUGACGCGGAGGGUGUUAGCCGUUUAA